CUUGUCUGAAACCCAAAUCACCAUGUCACAACAACUGGUACAAAGAAUCCAGCUUCAUCCAUUUGAAAAACUCAUCAAAUUGUUUUUCCUGCUGGACAAGAAUAAUGACGGUUUUGUUUCGCGUUCGGAAUUGAUUGAGUAUUACGAUAAAAAUGGCCUGGAACAAGGUAACGUUGAAGAGUUCAUGAGUCGAUUUGAUACAAAUAACGACAACAAAAUCUCCAUGGACGAAUAUUGUCGGGCUUUUGGGUUUUUCCCACAUGAGGCCCAAAUGGAGAAGAAAGACCUUAAAGUUCAACAGGCCAGGGAAGCCAGUGGCAGCAUACCCAGUUUCGAAGACGUCGAGAUCCUUAGCUCAUCCAUGACUUGGGAAAAACAGGAGGACAUUGUAAACAAAUACAAGGAACUGGUUGGUGGUGGGGAUGCUUCGAACGAGAGAAUGAAUGAAGCUGUUCAAUAUUUGCAGACCUAUCUAAACCGAACGUACGGGCGUACAUGGCAGUGCAUCAUUCUCAAUGGGUCCUACUGGAUUCGUUACAACCACGACCCAUUCUAUUCUCUACAGUUUAAACACGGAGGAAAAAAUACCGUUCUUGUUUGGCGCAUUAACCGCAGAUGAAAAACAGCGUUAAUAUUUAAAUUUGGACAUUUGAAAUAGGGUUUCUGUACCGAAAUUUGUCACGAAUUCGUAUUGUACACGAGAUGUGAAUAAAACUGUUCCUA